UAAUGUGACAGGAAUGACAUCACUAAAUACUGAGAUUAUAAGGAUAUUCAUAGCUCUUGUGAAUUAUAUACAAAACGUUACAAUGAGGUGUAAGAUACUUUGGAUAAAGCCCUAUGUGAGACCUAUUGGUGCACUAAAUCCUACUACUGCAAGUAAAGUCCUUAAUCCCCCAGUGACAUCCACUAAUGUGAGUGUGAGCAGUGUGACCACAUUGUACUUCCCCUUUACUCUGGAGUUCUAGAGACAUAAGUAGGGGAGGGGAAGCUUUAACUCCCAGAUCAUGACGACAUUUCGGGACUUUUUUUAACUCACCAAUACACUACUUAUUCCCCAGGUAUCCACCCCUCUGCUGCUUAGCUAAGGAUUCUGGGAACUGUAGUUGUGCAGCAGUGGAAGCGACUCCCGAUCCCCAGGACUGAGCCCCCUCUUCUCCUCCGGCUGCUCAAUCAGUCUCAGUGCUGUGGGCAGGAUACAACGCCCCGCUGUUUAUUUUGUGGGACAGACCCAUUUUAUUGUAGAGAUUAAAGGGCACAGUGCAACACAUGUUGCAUUAUAUACACACACCCUGUGUAGCAGGGCUGAUCCAAUUAACCUUCUCAUCCUGGUGGACUGGCCCUGCAUUAUUAUUUUAUACGUCUUUUUAUAUAGUUCUAAAGCUUUAGAAUAAGGUUGCUAGGGACCAUGACCCUAGCAACAUGGUUGCACUUUUGAGUGAGAAACCAGGACAUUUGCAUUAGCCGAGAGAGUGAAAGCCGCCCUUCCAGUUUAUGAGCAGACACACCUACUGGGCAGACUGGAGCGGAGCCAAGGGACAGCUCAUUGUUCAGCUUCUCUAUAAGAACUCCGUCUCCUGUGAUUCUCUAUGCACUGAAGAGACUCAUCCCCAUUGAUACCACUGGGAAAAUGGGCCAGAACAUUGCGGUUCCGGAGAAGAGCGGCCAACCGCUGGACAAGUCGGACAUUGUCUGUGAGAUAUUCAGCCAGGCGGUCGUUCACGCCUCCCAAAAACUAAAGGAAUAUCUCGGUUUUGAAGACCCGUUCGGGUCGUUCCAUCCCAGCACCGACACCUUGAACGAACUCUUCCUGGUGAACUUCUUCAACUUCUGUUUGGAGAAGGGCGUCGAGGAGAGAAUCGCCACCAACAAAAUGACAAAGCAGCAGUCCGCCUUGUUCGGCAUUGACUGGAUCUGGACCCUGUCCGGUCCUGAUAAGGUGGUGAAACUUCAGAUCGCUGUGCAAGCCUUCCAGAUAUUGGAGCUGGACAUCAAGGAGUCCAAUGUCCAAGGCAAGGCCAACAAUGUCACCACCAUGGAGAUCCCACCACCCGUUGGUUCCUCCAAGGACAAAAGUAGGUUUGAGAAGCUGGAGGAAUUCUGCCGCCUGGUGGGGUCCGACUGUCUGGGGUUAUUCAUGGUGUAUGGACUCCCGGGGAAGCCCAAGGAUAUCAGAGGGGUCCUUCUGGACAGUGUGAAACGGGACAUUAAGAAAAACUCAACUUUAGGGGAGCAAGCACUCUACCAGUUCAUUCAGAGCACAGACACGUUCCUCCCGACCCGGGACCUGCUGGACACCUGUAUGACGAGGAAGAACGGGCAGCUCAGCAUCGGGAAGGUCUACAUCAACUUUCUAUGAACUGGGGCUUUCCAUUAGGAUCAUGGGACUUCAAACUGAGAGGAACCCAUCCCACCCCCAAGCAGCAAGGUCAGACCAUCAGCUGAGGAACCACCAAUAAUAUGUACCACGGAGUCCUCUUCAUUGAGCUCCCUCUGGGAGAUCACUUUAUUUCAUGACAUUAUACGGCCCAUUGUGAUUGGACAGGUGAGUGGAAGACUUGGAACUGGUCCCCCAUAGCCGUCCCCUUCUCUGCUCUACUUUCUGGGUACAAAAGACUUGGCAAGGGAUCAUGUCGUGUUUGUUUCCUAAAGCAACUGUUCCGACUCAUGAUCAAGGAGUAACGUAGGGUCUCCUAGAAAGCUGAGCAUCUGUGUUACUUCUUAUGGUGGGUCGGAUCAGUACCAUAUAAAGGUAUAUUCUUAUUUAUAGAUGGUUUCUUCCAUUUCACUGGACUUGCACCCAAGUCUUGGGGCCCACCUCCAACCCCUCCCAAAGACUGUAGGCAGGUACCACCGUAGGACUGCAGUUGGUACCAAACCCAGCAUCAGCCCUGAGGAACAUGUCCUUGGUUUCCUGCUGUAUUUACAUACAUAGGUGGUUAUGGGUCGGUGACCCGCAAUACAGGUGUUUGUUCAAGUCCCGCUGGGUUGUGGAAUGUUUAGUGCUGAUCAGAAGUGUAAAUAAAGUUUAUACAGGUGA